GGAUCUUGAUCAUUUGCAUAUCUGGAUAAAUAAGGGAACUGAUACUAGCUUUAAUACUAGUUUAGAUAAGAGCAUAGAUAGUGAUAUUUCUAAUGAACGAGAAAUUAUAAGUGGCCACAAAAAUAAUAAAAGAAAUAUUACUUUUAAUUAUAACUUAAUAUUUGAAAAUCAAGAUAUUUCUAACAGGUCUUAUCUAAUAUUUGAUAUACAAAAAAUUGAGCCUGAUUCAAACUUAGAUAACCAGAAAGCUACUAAUGAGUCCAAUUUAAUGUUCGCCAACCAGGAGGCUGUCAGUGAUUCUAGUUCAAUUUUUAACAACCAGGAGGCCAUCAAGGUUACCAGUGAGUCUGAUUUAAUGUCUAAUGACCAGAAGGUCAUUAGUGAGUCUGGUUCAAUAUUCAAUGAAGAGUUUGUUUCUGAUAACCAAAAGACAGAUGAUGACUAUGCUUUAAUAUUCGAUAAUU